UUGAUUCGCACUAACUUGAAAACAAUCAUUCGUACGUAGAACGCCGCGUGGUGGUCACAACGUAGUGGUUAUCGAUUUCUUUUACAAGCCACUGUCACAAGCGAUAUGGAAAACAAAAUAAUUGAUCAAAAGGAAUAUUUGAAGAAAUAUUUGGGCGAUACAGAUGAAAAAAAGAAGAAAAAGAAGAAGAAAUCCAAAACGGGAACAAAAACAGUAAAAAUUAUAGAUGAUGACAUAGAUUUGAAGAAUAUGCGGCCCAUUGAAGAAGGUGAAUUUGAUAUUCUUUUAAAUGGAGAAGACGCUCCUCAAAUUGCUGGUAUAAUUGACGAACGUGGACCAGUUGAUUUCACAGACAAAAAAAGAUGGAAAAUUAUAACUGAGAAUGAAGAAGGAGAUUUAACUAUUAUUAAUCGUACUAUUAAUAAGGAAAAAAUACUUCAAAUAGAUGAGACAGAUGCCAAUCAAAAUAACAGUGAUGAUUCCAAUUUGAGCCCUAGGUCUAAAUAUUCUAAAAAUAAGAAUGCAGAUGUAAGCCCACGUAGACGGUCUAAAAAUGAUAACUCAGAUUCGAGUCCACCUAGAUCUAGGCAUUCUAAGAAUAAGCAAGCAGAUUUAAGCCCACGUAGAACAUCUCAACAUAAAUCUAAAGAUAAUGACUCAGAUUUAAGUCCACCUAGGCAAUCUAGGAACAAUGAUUCUGACUUGAGUCCGCCUAGACAAUCUAAAAAAAAUUACGAUGAUUUGGAUUUGAGUUCACCCAGAUCUAAGCAUUCUAAAAAUAAGCAUGUGAAUUCACGUAAAAAAUUUAAAGAUGAUAUCAAAGACAGUGAUUCAAAUUUGAGUCCACCUAGACAGUAUAAGAAUGAUUCUGAUUUGAGUCCGCCUAGACAAUCUAGGAAUAACGACAAUGAUUCGGAUUUGAGCCCACCCAGACAAUAUAGAAAUUACGACUCGGAUUUAGAUGUACCUAGAAAAAUUAUGAAACAUUCGACUCACAGUAUAACUGAACGAAGCUGUCGAAGUUCACGUAACAGAAACAGUGACUCAAACUUUAGUCCAUCCAGAAAACGCAAGCAGAAUUUAGAUGCAGAUUUGUAUGAAAACAGAAGAAAUAAAAGAGAUCCAAAUUCAAGCACAUCACGAUACAAAGAACAUCGAUCUCGAAAAGAAGAUUCGCCAUAUUCCAAUUCGCGCAGAACCGAUGGAAGACGCGAUUAUUAUGAUAAAAAUUCAUCCAGAUCUAAUAGAGAAGAUGUAUCAAGAUCAAGCAGAAUUAAACGGAAAGAUUAUGAAGAUCAAAAUCAUAAAUCUCGAUCAUAUUCAGAUACGAGAGAGAAAAGAAAAAAAUCGCGAUGGGACACAGAAACAGAUAAUUUUGAAAACGGACACGCGGAAAAUCAUUCGAAAAAUCGUGACGAUCGGAUGACAAAAACAUUAGAUGGGAAAACAGCGGGAUUUCAAGCUGCGAAAGAACUGCGAGAGGAAAUUGAGGCCCAUAAACAACGAGAUGCAGAGUUAUUUAACAAGUUGAGUAACGAGGAAAGCGGAAGAGGACAAGCUGCAAUUCUGCGUGAUAAACAAACGGGAAGAAAGCGUAAUUUGGAAGAAGAAGCAGCGAAAAACCGCGAACAAGAAAAAAAGCAACAAGAGAUGAAUGAAAAAUACGUCAAAUGGGGAAAGGGUUUGAAACAAGUGGAAGAUCGCGAGGAGAAAUUAAAAAACGACUUAUAUGAGAUAAAUAAACCUUUAGCAAGAUAUGCGGACGAUGCAGAUUUGGAUAAACAAUUGAGAGAACAAGAGAGAGAAGGUGAUCCUAUGUUGAAGUACAUAAAACAAAAGCAGAUAAAAGAGGGAAAAAGAAACCCAGAUCCGAUACAAUAUCAUGGCUCGUUCGCGCCAAAUCGAUUCCGUAUUAAACCCGGUUAUCGAUGGGACGGCGUCGAUAGAAGUAACGGAUACGAGAAGAAGUGGUUCGAAACACAAAAUGCAAAGGUAGCGCGGCAAGAAGAAGCUUAUAAAUGGAGUACAUCAGAUAUGUGAUUACAUUCGCAAAUAAUUAUACAUUACUAUGUAUAAUUAUAGAAAUUUUCUAUUUCCAUUAAUUGUUAAUGAAGAAAGGAAUUUCUAUAAAUCUGUUUCAAGAUAUACAACACAUAUAAAUUUCUUC